AUGAAAUUCUCCAUUGCAUUGGCUUGUCUUGCCGUUGAGGCGCUCGCUUACCAACCAGUUGUCAGAGACCUGAAAGCAAUCACGGGUGUUUUGGACAAUGUCAAGUCAGACCUUCAAAAUUUGGACGCUGUCGUCAAAAAGGACGGAAACGGGAAGGACCCUGAGCCCCUUCUCAAAGCUUCCAACGCCCUUCUCCAAACCCUCAAGAAAGGCAAGACCACGGUUGAUGGGUCAAGCGAGCUUGCCCUCACUGAUGCUGUGGCACUAACCCAGCCGGUGCAGGAUCUGACCAAGCUCGGCCAGACCCUGACCGAUGAUCUUAAGAGCAUCCGGCCAAACGUUGAAAAGCUCGGAGAGUGCCAGGUCGUCCGCACUCAGAUCUCAAGCAUCAAUGCCGGGUCACAGGCAUUGAUCAAGUCUGUAGUUGGCAAAGUUCCUGAGGAAGCUCGUGACAUUGCCAACCAACUAUCGGCAGGCCUCACCAAGGUCCUUGAGCAAGCUCAGGAUGACUUUUCCGAGCAGAACUGCAAGGGAAGCGGCGGCGGCGGUAGUCCUUCUUCUGGAUCCGGUGGCAGCCCUUCAUCGGCACCUGGAGGCGGCUCAAGCUCUCCUCCUGAGGUUACCACAACCGCCGCCCCUGGCACCACAUCUGCUCCUGGUGGAGGUGUCACAUCUGCCCCUAGUACUGGUGUCACCGUUGCUCCAACUGGUACGGCUGGUACCCCCCCUGUUGUUACAGCUGGAGCUGCUGAGUAUGCCCCAGCUGGUGCCUUGGCCUUUGCCAUCGCCGCAUUGGUUCUGUGA